AUGCGUACCUCCUCUCCCCUGGUGUUGCUUCUGCUAGUGGUGGUACUUUUGCUCGUGGGCAUAGAUGAGGUGGCGCCAAAUAGUAAAGCGGGAAAUAAUAAUAGGAAUGCGAAGAACGCCAAGGGGGGAGGUGGAAGUAAGCAGGGUCAAUAUAAUGCUACGAGUGGAAAGGGCAAUCAGAAAGGGAAGAAGAAAGAUCCAGGGGGAGGUGGCACUCCCAAAGGACAAAGCAAAGGACCAGAACAAGGAAAACAAAAAAAAAAAAGGGAAGAUAGUCAUUUUGAUGAAUUUAUAAAGGACACGGAAAACAAGCAAGACGAAGACAAUUUCAUGGAUGAACUGAACAAAUUUGAAAAAAAUUUUCAUGAUGAGGAUUUUGAGAAUACCGAAAAUCUUUUUGAUAACUAUGGCAAGGGAGAAGGACAUGAUGGAGAAUACAACAAUAUUGAUAAGUCGAAUAAUGAAAAUUACAACAGAAUGAAACCGGAUGCAAAUGACUACCAAUAUAUUGAUAACGAUGAUGUUGUAGAGGGGGAUGAAGACUUGACAAAUAUAUGGAACAAAAAUAUGCAAAAUUUUGAACCAUCUACUUUGUUAACAUUUGAAAUUCAAGGAAAUUCAGAGGAAUAUCUUUUUGAGGAAGUAAACAAUUUGAACACUUAUUUUCGAGGAGUAUUUUACUCCAAUAAUGAAUCGGAUGAUAAUAAAAUUUUGUUUCUUAUUGCCGAUCCGGAUGGAGAAAUAAUUUACAAGAAGGAAGCAAGCGAAGGAAUUUUUUACUUUUACACACAAAAAAUUGGGGUCUAUACAAUCACCUUGAAAAAUAGCAAAUGGGUGGGAAAAAAACUCACAACGGUUGCCCUUGGAUUGGGAGAAAGCCCUUCCUUAAAAUCGGAACACAUAAAGGACUUCACCAAUUAUAUCGAUAAAAUUGUUGCAGAAACGAAAAGAUUAAAGAACGAAUUGAAGUAUUUAUCUUCCAAACACAUGGCGCAUAUUGAGAAAAUGAGAAAAAUCACCAACAAGGCCUUUCUCUACUGUUUCAUCAAACUGUUUGUGCUUAUUUUUUUGUCCCUCUUCACCAUUUACUAUAUCAAAAAUUUGGUCUCCAAUAAGCGCGUCCUCUGA